GUGGUGGUUCGUAAAAUGUUUACAUUUGACACAUCUGAUUCAUUCUAAGAAGUUAGAUACACGUUGUCGGGCGAAUAGCCAUAACCGCAUGGCAAGAAAAAGGUUAUCAAAAGUUUCGCGAAAAGGCCUGAAUUCAGUUUUUAUAAAAUGUUUACCAAAAGCAUCAUGUUAGUGAUAAAAGCUAUGCAAACACCUUGUUCAAGGUUUUAUGCCAGUAGGACCAUCACAGAUGAACUUAUAACCACAAGACUUUGGCGCGCUGCAAGACACUGCAUCAAAGCUCCACGAUCAAAAUCACCACCAUACGACCACGCCUGCCAAGUUGGAGAUCCAGUCCUUCGCAUGGAAAGUUCACCGGUGCCGCAAUGUAGUAUAAAAUCCAAAGAAAUUCAAAACGUUAUUACAAAAAUGAUAAAAGUUCUGAGAAAGGAAAAAGCUGUUGGAAUUGCGGCACCGCAGAUUGGCUCUGCUUGGCAAAUAAUUGCUGUGGAAUUUACCCCCAAGCACACAAAAUUAUGGCCCCCAGAAGUGUUCAAAAUGAGGGAAGCUAAGGAGUUCCCAUUGACAGUGAUUAUCAACCCAAAAUUAAUAAUUCUUGAUCGACGAACACUAACAUGGCCCGAGGGCUGUCUCAGUCUGAAAGGAUUCCGUGCCCAUGUUCCAAGAUUUUAUGAAGUGAAGGUUAAAGGUUUUGACUGUGAUGGUAAGGAUUUAGAAUGGCAAGUGUCCGGAUAUCCAGCAAGGAUCCUUCAGCAUGAGAUAGAUCAUCUGAAUGGAACUCUAUACAUUGAUCAUAUGGAAUCAAAAACUUUUAUGGACGAUGAAUGGAUCCGAUGGAAUCUAAAAUAAUUUCAUGCUUCUCACAUGGAUAUCUUUUUUGCAAGAAAAAUGUAUCAAUUUAACUGGUCCUCGGAUUGUGAAAACUAUGUUAGUUUAGUGGAGCUGUACCUCUGAGUUUAAUAAGGUGCUCACCUUUCAAAACCAUUAUACUGGGUUCAAAUCAUGCGAAGUACAUUGAAUACAAUUCAACAUGCCAAGCCUCGUUUGCAUUGAAAUUUUGACCAACACGAAAAGUAACUUUAUCUUGGUCAAAUCAUAUCACACCUCACACUUGGGUUUACUGUAAAUACACAGUAGGUUUUACUGAGCCUGUGACUGAACAACAUGUUAGCAGUGGUGGAUUUGGGGCGGGGGUGGGGUUUGGGGAAGAGAAUAAUUUCCAAAAUUAUUUAAAAGUGGAGAAAGUCAGAGUGCCAUCUUCGGCCAUCUUGAGGUACCAUAAUCAUAAAUGUUCCUACCUCACACCCAACCAACCAUGGUAGGGUUGAGGUGGUCUAGACCAUCUGUGAAUGCCCCACCCUGGGCCCCCUCUAUUUUGAAUUCAUGGAUCUGCCACCGAUUAGAAUGUUGCAAUACAUGGCCAGUGAACUCGUGGAUACAUUCUUUGGAAAGUUCCACAAUUAGAGCGCCAUCAAACGAGCUGUUUAAAUUGGAUGCGUCUGCUUUGGAAGAACAGCCUGGUUUCUUUCUAGCAAUGUUUUCUCAGUUGAUUUACUGUGCAGCUUGGGUAAUUGACCAAGGAGAAAGUUUUAAAUGUCUAUUAAUUGGCAGUGACAAUUUGUUAUUGUUCUAAUAACUUUAUUUGAUUGUUGGUGCAGUAUAUAUUUAAAGAACAUUAUGGUACAGUACGAAUAAAUUCCAUUUUGUAAAUCA